AUGAUGCCUCCAGGCAGACAGAGAGUUAGGAAAAACAUUUUCAACCGGCUAAGUCAAGCAGUAGAAGAGAAGAGGAAAGAAGGCCAUAAGGAUGUGGAUGAGUUCUUCCAAACUGAACGUGAUCAUAACCUUGUUCUUACCAGCUGUGCCAAGACUGCAGCUGAGAGAUUCCUGGAUGUGGUGCAAACUGAGCAAAAAAUAGCAGUGGCCUGUGGCCACUUCUCAGCUGCUCUUCACCUCUGUGUGGAAUCAGGGGAAGACUCUGACAAACAGGCUUUCUCUAUGGCUUGUGUGAAAUUAUCAGAAGUCUUUGAUUCUAUGAAGAAAAAUAUGACAAGUGUUGCUGAGAACAACGUGAGCACUCUUGGGCUAGGCCUGGACCUGGAGUCACGCUACCAGGAGGCAGAAAAGGAGAUGCUCUUUAGGAGAACCUGUAAACUAGUGGAGUUGGAGUCUGCCAGAAGGAAUGCAGAGAAGGCCAAGCCUGUAAAGAAGGCUGCUAUGGAGGAAGUGAAGAAAGCGGUGGAGACGGAGUUUGAUCACCUUUCUGGAGUAGCUAAACAGGAGAUUGCAUGGUUCCGGGGUGCGCGUGUGGAAGUGUUGCAGCAGGCUCUUGUUCAGUGGUGUGAAAAGCAGCUGCUUACAGCCAAAGAAAGUGCUGAGCAGUUCAACCAGCACCUGCAAGACUUAAGAGGGAUGGCCUAGUGACCCAUCUCUUAAUCCUCAGUAUAUCUAAACAUAUCAUGGGAUAACCCAAACGUGUCCUUCACCCUGUUGUGCUGUAUUCUGAUGCUAGUGGAUUCAAUUAAUAUCAAUAAUAUGUAAUAAUUUGUACACACAUUUACUUUGCCUCAUUCUUUCCCCUAUCACACUCAUACCAAUAAAGCCCUUAUAGAAA